AUGAUCAACGUGGAGCAGAUAAUCAACAUGCAUGAUUAUGUCCGCAGGCUCUGUACCUGUGGGCCUGUUAAUUUUAUAACGUUGUCCGAGCUACCUGGACUCAUAUCUAUAAUUCAACAAGAAUCUAGACUGUGUGGAUCCUUUCAUGGGCAAUUCAAGGGCUACAAGAUUCUGACUGUGGGGUUGGUCUUUCUGGUUCUGGUAUUCUGCCUCAUGAUGCCUUGGCGUGAACCCAUAAUCCAGUGGCUCCCACGACCCCGUCCUGCCUCUGAAUGUAUCCCAGAGACCAACAUCUGGGACUCUCUCCCUCAAGAACUCACCAACCUGACCAACCUUCUAUACUGGCCUCCAACUGGUGGAGACAGGGAUGACUUUUUGGCCUCUACUAGCCCCAAAACCUCUACCUAUCACUUGAAGGGUCCUGCCCAGGCCAACUAUACCCUGGGAAGUAACCUAGAGGCCAUCCUUGUGGCUAGGGAUCACUGGGGUAGGCCCAAGGCUCACGGUGGAGAUCUGUUUCGGGCACAGCUGCUGGGCCCAGAGUUGAGAGCAGGAGUCCCAGGGGAGGUGGAGGACCUGGAGAAUGGCACUUACCUCUUGUCCUUCCCCCUGCUCUGGGCUGGACGAGCCCAGGUGCUAGUGAGGCUGAUCCACUCCAGCGAGGCAGUUGGGGUCCUGCAAAGAGUCUGGAGAGAGAAACAAGCCACUGUUGAUUUUAGAGGCUAUUUCCGAGGAACAGAUGGCACUCAAGAGACUGUUGUCUGUAAUGUGGACCCCCAGUCAACUGGAGCCAAAGGGCCUACCUGCCAGUACAAGGAUGUGGUUUCUGGGGAGAUCUGGUACUGUGCUCAACCCCCUACUUUGCCCUGCAAUGCUUUAGUGGGUCACUCAAGUGGAAGUUACCUGAAGGUGACCACACAACAUGAUGCAGAUCUGUUGGCUCGGAAUGUGACAGACCAGAGACUCCCUUCAGGCAUACCUCCAAUCCUGGUCCUACCAGCAACACAGGGGAACGUCAGUAACGUGGCCUUGCCUUCAAGACCCCCAUGCCGCCCGGGCCACCCAUCUCCAAAACCCUCUGGCUUCUACCACCAAGACAGAUGGCACUCAACAUUCUGUUCUAGCCGCUCUUUCCCCACCGUGGACAGCAUCCUGAGCUGCCUGGCUGGCCACAGUGUCUACAUGAUGGGGGAUUCCACACUUCGGCAGUGGUGGGAGUAUCUGCGAGACACAGUGCCCUCCCUGAAGCCAGUUGAUCUACAUGUCACUUAUCAGGUAGGUCCCCUGAUGGCUGUGGAGACAACUCGGGGGACGGUGUUGCACUGGAGGGCCCAUAGCUGGCCCUUGCGUUCGGCCCGCACCCCAGUGACCUCCCUGCACUCUGUGGCCAGAGAACUCCAUGGCCUGGCUGGGGGCCCCUACACAGUGGUGGUGCUGGGCAUGGGAGCCCACUUUACCACUUUCCCUCCCUCCAUCUUUGCUCUAAGACUGGCAGGGAUUCGGACAGCCGUGAAGGCCCUGCUGGACCGGGAACCCAGCACUCUGGUCAUCAUCAAACUGGCCAAUACUGGCUACAAAUCCGUGUACGGCAGUGACUGGCUGACAGUCCAGGUGAACCGCCUCCUCCGCGCUGCCUUUGUUGGCCUCCAAGUGGCCUUUGUGGAUGCGUGGGAAAUGACCUCCAGCCUGGCUGUGCCAGACAACAUCCACCCAGGGAAGCUUAUUGUCCGCAAUGAAGUGGAAUUAUUUCUGUCCUUCAUCUGUCCCACCUGA